AUGAAAUUGUCUAGUUGUUUUUUAUUUAGUUUAAUUUUGCCAAGUCAAUAUAUUUUUACUUCAGCAGAAGCAGCAAAUGCUGGAUCAACUGUGAAUGUUGAAGUAGAGAGACCACCUGAAGGGUUAUCUUGGGAAGAAUGGCAUAUGCAACAUGAACAUCAAAUGAACAAGUAUGAUCCUGAGACGUUUUUUGCUCUUCAUGAUACCAAGAAAAAGGGAUAUUUUGAUGAUUCUGAUAUUUUGGGUUUAUAUGGUUUAAAUAGAGGUGAAGUUGUUGGUAAUGGUGAUGGUAUGGGUGAUCAUGAUAAUUCAGAGAGUAUUGAUGAAGAAUUAGCCAAGAGAGUAGUUAAAUUUAUUAAGAAGUUGAUAGAUGUUAACGAUGAUUCUAAAAUUACAAAAGAAGAGUAUUUAUCGUUUGCCAAGAGAGGUAAUAAGUUACCCGAUUUAGGUGUUGGUGUUGGACAUCAUGCCGAUUUUGAAUUGGAGUAUGAAUUACACCAUUGGAAUAAAUACCAUAAAGAUAGUGAUCCAGACGUUAAAAACGUUCAUAAAGCCGAUAUUGAGCAUGAAUUAUUGCAUCAUAUGCAUGAAAUCGAACAUGAAGAGAAGGUUCAAAGAGGUUCAUCAAGAGGAACUGUCAUUACCGAUGAUGAACUAGAAUCAAGAAUUGACUUGAAAAAUAUUCCAAAUAAAUUUAAAAACGGUUUCUUCUAG